ACACACACACACACACACACACACACACACACACACACACACACAUACACACACACACACACACACACACACACACACACACACACACACACACACACACACACACACACACACACACACACACACACACACACACUCACUCACACACACACACACACACAACCACACGUAACGUGGUAAAACAAGUGCACGGUGCGUUGAAAACACCAGGGUCCUAUCUUAUUGUCCGAUACUGUCCUUAGCCCGCCGGAAACGUUGCCGCUUUCAUGGGACACAUCCGGAUUCGAUGCAAGGGUUUCCUACGUCCGUGGCAUACGAUGCGAUUCACGUUGAGCCAUUAUCCCGUUCCACUAUAACACACGCGCGCACAAAUUACUCGGCCUCAGCACAAUUUUUCGAUCGAAAAAAUUCGACAGAUCCGGCUGUCAUUUUGGUGUCAUUUGACACUCAUUCCGCCGCCAAGGUGUUCAUUUUACUGGUCUUUUUGAAAACUGGUAUACCAUGACACUCACGAGCAAAAUGAACUAUGCUACAAAAAUUCGAUCGUUCCGCUUUGUAUGGGGCUAAAUCCGCGACGCAUUGAGCUGCGGAAAUUAUCGAAUAUCAAAAAAAUGCCAUAAAUCAAGGUUGAUGUUUUUGAAAAACGUUAUGUAAAAGCAAGUUGGUAAAUGUUUUGGUUCUUUUUCAAUAUUUUGGGUGAUAAAAAAAUAUUUAUUAAUUAUUUUUUAAAAUGUUUACCUGGGGGGCCAACUUCAUGUAGGGGUAUAAAAGAAAUAGUUAUACUGUCAGUUUUACGUGAGCGCCUAUCGAUUUUUUUCGAUUGAAAAAUUGUGCUGAGGCCGACUGUAUUUUUCCGUACCGCGAAACGAUUUUAUGAUACGCGUAUAAGGGCUUUUUCCGCACUGACGACACGCACUGGUAGUAGUGAUAAACUAAUUUUUUGAAAUGUCGAAAAUGGUGUGGAUUUUUUUAGAUAACACUUAUUUUUUAUUGUGCUGAUGGUGAAUCAAAAAAUUAGUCCACUGUUACAGAUUUCCGUUUUCAACUAAAAGGGCGAGGGCAGGCGCAUCCUGCCCUUUUAUCACCAAACUUAUCGUUUUCCCUCUCUUUCCUCUCGCUCGCUUGACUUCCCUUUCACUCUUUUUUCAUCUUUCCAUUUCUUCUCUCGCGCUGUGACCUGGCAGAUUAUUGGGCACUCACGAGUUUCCAACACAGGGUGUUCGAGAUAAAUUUGACAGUUUCUGAGAGAAUAAGAAAGGAUUUUUUAUGAAAUUUAUGCUAGAUAUUCAAAAAAAUUCUACAAUGUUUAGCUUACCAUGUUUGCCGCAUUUUUUAUUCGAAGUACCCGCCGCGUCGAUGGUCGCCUGCACCCGCUUCCAAAACCGCGCGCAAGCUCUGACAACCAUGUCUCUGAGGAUGGCCGAAAACACGGCUUUUAUUCUGGCCACCAGCUCCGCUUUGGUAUUGCAGGACGCCCUGUUGGUGUCCCGCUCAACUGUGCCCCACACAAAGUAAUCCAUAGGAUUAAGGUCAGGGGAGCUGGGUGGCCAAACGUCGGUGCUGGUGUAUCGGUCGAAAUUGGCAGUGAGCCAUUGGCGUGUUUUUACGGCCGUAUGGCAUGGUGCAGAACCCUGCUGCCAAACGUAGGGCCGCUCAUUGGCCACCGUAUUGUUUUUACGGUGUUCAGCGAACACAUCGCCGCCUUCCGAAUUUCGGCAUUCGUAUGGCCGGCACGAACCAUCAUAACACACGUUACGCGCUUGUACAAUUCGAACGGGUUCCACAUAUUUACGGAGCUAGACAUUUUUUACACUUGUUCACACAACUUUUAGCAUAAGUCAUUUCGAUACGUCAACUCAACCCUGAGAUAUUAACCCAAAGGCCAGGUGUCAAAUUUAACCCGCACACCCUGUAUGGCUAUAUUGAGCGGGGGGGGGUUUUGUGGGAUGGUCAGCGUGUGGUCUCCAUGUUAGGGGCGGCUGGCUGGCCCUUCUGUCCUGGCAUCCUAAGGGACAUUAAUGAAGGAUGCGUAGGCCCUCCGACGAUACAGGAGGUUGGGGGAGAGGCCUUGCAAGCCACCUUUAGAAAACCCCAAAUGCAACGAAAGGAAACCAAGAGAUUUAGAACCGGACUAAGCGAUACCGACCCACGCAAACGAACAAGGCUAACGAUUGGAAACUCGGGACAUGGAACUGCAGGUCCCUCACAGCACCCGGCAGUACUAGCAUUCUUGCGGACGAGGUGAGGGCCCGUGGCUUCGGAAUAGUAGCACUUCAGGAGGUGCGCUGGAAAGGAGUGACGGAGCGCCCUUAUCACAGUGAUUGCAUGAUCUACCAGAGCGGUGGUGAAAAGCAUGAACUCCGUAGGGCGUUCCUGGAAAUAGGUGAGAUGCGGAAACGAGUUAUCGGGUGGUGGCCGAUCAAUGACGGGAUGUGCAGGUUGAGGAUUCGUAGCAGGUUCUUCAACCUGAGCAUUUUAUAAUAUAUGCAUAGUCCGCAUCUUAAGAGAACCGAUGACCAUAAAGUUGGAGAGGGAGUACGACCGCUGCCCACAACACGAUGUCAAAAUUGUCAUCGGGGAUUUUAAUGCUCAGGUCGGACAGGAGGAGGCAUUUAAACCGACGAUAGGAAGUUUCAAUGCCCACCAGCUGACGAAAGACAACGGGCUUCGGCUCGUCAACUUCGCCUCCUCCAAACACAUGACUAUCCGCAGCACCUUCUUCCAGCACGCACCUCGUUUCAGCUACACCUGGAGAUCACCGCAGCAGACAUUAUCCCAGAUUAUCCCAGCAGACCACGUUCUCAUGGAUGGAAGGCACUUCUCGGAUGUAAUCGACGUAAGGACCUACAGAGGAGCAAACGUUGACUCAGACCAUUUCCUGGUUAUGGUUAAGUUACGCCAAAAACUAUGCGUGUCUAAUAAACUGCGUUACCAGCCUACCCCAAGGCUCAACAUAGACCGGCUGAGAAAAGCUGAUGUGGCGAGGGAAUUCGCAAUCGCGCUUGGGGAUUCGUUGCCGGAGGACACCACUACCGAGGCGAUGUCUCUCAAUGACCACUGGCGUAUGGUGGAGCAAGCCAUCAGCAGCACGGCCGAGCGAACAAUUGGCCGCGUGACCCAUAACCAGAGAAGGGAAUGGGUUAAUGAUGAAUGCAGACGAGCACUCUCCGAGAAGAACGCCGCGCGUACCCGCAUGCUCAAGCGGGCUACUUUGACGGAUACCUGAACGGAGCAAAUACCGGAGCAGAAGUAGGAAGCAGAGGAGAUUAGCCCUACGAUAGCCAGCAUGACGAUGACGAAGUGCCCUCGCCAUCUUUGGAUGAACUCAUUAGUGCCAUCAAACAGCUGAAGUGUAAUAAGUCAGCUGGCAGCGAUGGUCUAGUGGCCGAACUGUUCAAGAUGGGUCCGGAACGGCUUGCCGUCAUUAUGCAUCGGCUCAUUGUGAGGAUUUGGGAUCCGGAAGAACCGGACGAGUGGAAACUGGGUGUCAUACACCCAGUGUACAAAAAGGGCGACAGCCUGGACUGUGCCAACUUCCGAGCCAUCACAGUCCUGCAUGCUGCCUACAAGAUCCUGUCCCGAAUACUCUUCUGCAGACUUUCGCCCCUUGCUACUGAUUUCAUCGGCAGCUACCAAGCUGGAUUUGUUGGAGGCAAAUCGACCACCGACCAAAUCUUUACUCUACGGCAGAUCCUCCAGAAAUGCCGGGAGCACCAGAUCCCUACGCACCACCUGUUCAUCGACUUCAAGGCGGUCUACGAUACCAUAGAUCGGAAUGAGCUACGGAACAUCAUGCAGCAGUACGGAUUCCCUGGGAAGCUAAUACGGCUGUUGAGGGCCACUAUGGACGGGGUGCAAGAUGACAUCGACAUCAUCGGACGUACAACUGCGGCAGUAUGCGAAGCGUACACCCGACUGAAACGCGAGGCCUAGAGGAUUGGAUUGAGGAUCAGUUCGACGAAGACAAAGUACCUGCUUGCCGGGGGCUCUGACCGUGAUAGAGCCCGAAUCGGAAGCAGAGUAUCAGCCGACGGCGACGAUCUCGAGGUGGUAGAGGAAUUCUGCUACCUUGGUACGAUCGUUAUUUAUACUCCCAUCUUAAGAAAGCUAGCGCACAUUUGUCCACCAGAUGUUUACGCUCGUAACUUUCUCUUUCGCAACUUGAUGCGCUUUGACAAACGCAUGUUUGUCAAGAGGGUCGUCUUCCUGGUGGGCUUUUACAAUUUACAAUGUUUUGCUUAAGGUCUAAUGCGUUUCUUAUGCUAAUUGUUCUUCCUUAUUUAUGACCUACUUUGGGGGUCUUGUUUGUUUAUUUCCAGCUUGGGUGGUGCGACCCCCAUGGUAAAACACGGAACCGCGUGUGCAGUAAAGCACGGGACGCAUGUGCAGUGUUUUACACGGCUGUUAGCAUUCAUGCGUUAAGG